AGGAUAUAUCGUGUACCCCGUUUAAUUGUUACACCCGUAACAAAGUAGAUCUUAAUUUACAAUUAGCCAAUAAUAAUACCGCAACGUUAGAGAAUAACCGUGUUUACACAAUUGUGUAAAACGAGAAUCAAACAAACAAACCAACACAAUUUCUCGAUUGUCUGACAAUCUCGCGAACGAAAGAUACAUAAAAACCGUUUGUAUUUACUUUUUAUAUAGAAACGACCUCUCGUAGAAACACGAUAAUAGUCCUGUCAAUUUCCAUCAACUGUCAGCGUGUUAUAAAAGUAAUGCAAAUAGUGCAAAUGAAAUGUGUUUAGCGAUGGCAGCUUCGAAAAUUACGAGGGAGACAAGCUCAGCCAAAUAAAAUAAUGAUGAUUGUCUAGGAUUUUCAUCCUUCAUAAGGAUUAGAAAAUGAGUGGCCAGUUGAAUAUUAUUGUAAGACCUCAAACAUGUAUCGACGAAAAGUGGCUGAAAACCGAUCUGCAAAAGUUUCUCACUCGAGACGGCCUGGCGGAAUUAUGGAACGGUAUGGUACGCGAUGGAGAAAUCGUUAGAACUUUCACUGAUGGUCUUAUCAAUUCCGCCGGUGUAGUGGCUAGAAAAGGUUCAAGCGGCCAUUACUACUGCAACUCCCGAGUUUUGUCUUGUUUAUGUUGUGAUGGUAUCUGCGGGCCUCAAAGCGGCUGCAACUGCGGCCCUUGUCAAAAAUUGGAUGAGGAAGAGGCAGCAAAGGCAGCUGCACUCGUGGACAAACCGCUUCCUGCUCAGUGUAUGAUAGAUUCUUGGCUCUGGGGGUCUCAGCCUUCCACGAGCGAUUGGACAGCCUGCAUAGAAUCUUCUAUCAGAGAGCAGAGAGUUUUGUGUCAUGAAGUUGCGAAUAGUACAUUGUCGGCAACUCGCUUGCGACAACGCUUAAUCGUCGCUCGAAGAUAUUUCACCGCUCUCUCGCGAUACAAACCCCACGAAAACAAGGAAAUCACUGCAACAUUGAUGAAAACAUCACCAAAGACACAUAAAAUAGUGAAAUCAAACGAGAAAGCGGCGGUUGGUUUAGCACGAGUGGGUACGCGAGCAGCACUAAAUUUUUCAUUCGCGUAUUUGCGGCGUGCGUGGCGUUCGGGUGAGGACGUAGAUUUUUGUCGUGAGAUAUUGACCGAGUCGUUGGAAACAUUGCAAGCGUUACCGGAGGCGACACUGUUCGAGGAGAACAAUGUGUCGCAAGUGUGGUUGGACGUGGUGGAUAAAUCGGCGAAGUUUCUCCGUCAAGUUGUGACGGGUGACGUGGUGAACGGGAGGUCAUGGUGUCCGGUUCCGGUAGCGGAUCAGCACACGGCAUUGUGUUUGCUGCUGGAGUUAGUGGCGCAGCGGGGAACUUUAUCGAGUCUUCUGGAUUCGGUGUUGUUGCUUCUUCACCUGAGUGGAAAAUCAAAAAAUCAGGAUAAUCGAGUAAUGGCGCCCGGCAUAUCGGCGCCUCUGGUGCCGCUCCUGCGCCGUUUGAACUCGAUCACGGCGCCGAAGAGUCGCCGUACAGACGAGAACGUAUGUCCGGGACCCUGCGAGGUUCUUCUAAAAUAUCUCGUAUUGCCAGAGGACGAUGGAAUUGCGGUGGAUCUUCGUAAGGCAGCGGUUGUGAUAAUGUGCAAUUUGAGUCGUUUGGCAAUGCCUUUUUUGCCGCUACUGACGAAUGCCGAAACUUUCACGAAGACCGAAACGCAAACGUAUCAAGAAGUGAUGGCUUGGGGAGCGUUGAAAUUCGGCCCAGGCUCAGCGCCCUUUUAUUGCGAUACCAUCGCGGAACUUGGAGUGAAACAAUUGUGUUGUACAGACGGAGCGCUCGUUAUAUUGACGCAGAAUGGUAAAGUCUACAUGAUGCACUACGAUUCCGAGAGCCAAUAUCCUCAGAGGAUUUUUGGCUUCUCCAACAAAAGCGUCAAGAUGAUCGCCUCGCAUCCGGACGGAAAACAUUAUUUGGCUCUGACGCAAGAGGGUGUUCCGUACUCUUGGGGCGUCGGAGCCGGUGGUCGACUCGGUCACGGUGACGGCACUUCCUACGACGAGCCCAAAAUGAUCGAAGAGUUAGCUGACGAGGAGGUUGUUUUUAUCGCCUGCGGGAGCACGUAUUCAGCGGCGAUAACGAGCGCCGGUAUUUUGUACACUUGGGGCCAAGGAAAUUGGGGAAGACUCGGGCUGGGGAACUUUUGCGACAUGUUCGUUCCGACCCCAGUGACUUCUCUCAAUGGCCAAACGAUCGUGCACGUUGCAUGCGGUACGGGAGAUUCCCAAACGCUUUGUUGCACGGAAACCGGUGUCGUGUACUCCUGGGGCGACGGUGAUUACGGUAAAUUAGGUCGAGGCGGUUGCGAAUCAUCUCAAACUCCAAAAAUGAUUCGGGACAAGCUUCUCGAUGUGAAAUUCGUAAAGGUUUAUUGCGGUGGACAAUUUUCCGUCGCUCUGACCGCCGAGGGAAAAGUUUACACGUGGGGCAAAGGGAACACCUAUUGCCUCGGGCAUGGCAACGAGAAUCACGUCAGAUUUCCCAAACUAGUCGAAGCUCUCAAGCACAAAAGGGUCAAGGAUUUGUCAGUCGGUGGUGUCAUGGUACUCGCUCUCAUGGACGAUCACCAGGUCUACGGCUGGGGCAGAAACGUUUACGGACAAAUCGAUCCGGCUCUCGAAAGUACAGUAACCGAACCAACGCUCUGUCCCACCCUUUCCAACAAAGGGAUCGUCGGCUUGGUUUGCGGCUCUACUCAGAGCUUCGCUUGGUCCCUGUCCACCAGAACCGUUGCGAGUAGAGUCGCCUUCGUCGUUGAAAUAUGCGAGGAAACAUUCAAGUUGCUCGAUAUGUUAUUAGCGAAAUCGUGCGAAGGGCUACCAGGCACGAGGCCCCCGACACAGGACCGCGAGUGUCUCGCAGUCUCGACCUUGAACCUUCUGAGACUUCAAUUACACGCGAUGAUAACGCACAACAUAGACGGUAAAACGGUCGGUCUCGGUUCAACACAGCUGCUGAACUCUUUGAAACACCGUUGCGUCAGCCUCGCCAGCGGGCCCGGAAUUUUGGCCACGAUUCAAGAAGCUGCCCAAGCCGUUCUCCAGACCGGCUGGAGCAUCCUCUUGCCAACAGCGAACGAAAGGGCGAAAACUUUGUCCGGAUUCCUGCCGAACUCGAACAGUCUCGAACAACCGAACACCAACAAAGGGCAACAAUUCAUGGCGGAUCUUCUGGUCUCGAGUCUGAUGGCCGAUGGAGGCUUGGAACAAGCUCUCAAAGCCGCUAUUAAAGCCGAAAUCGUUGAUGUCCCGGACGAGAAAGAAACGCCCUCGAAUUCGAGAAUAACCAGCGAAACGAAACAGGCGAAGGAGUUGAAUUCGGAAAAACAGCAAAAUAUGACGAUCUCGCUGUUGCAGCUCGUCAAACAAUUGAUCCGUAACGGAUCGUGCAUCACCCAAUCCCGGCUCCAAUCGCUACAGCAACAGUCCGCACGAAGCGAAGAACGAAAAUUGGACAAUUCACCGAGUUUGAAUCUCCUGCUUCGCUGUCAAAGAUUGCUCAUUGCCCAGAUGUAUCAGUGCUCGAAAAGCACCGAAGAUCCUCAGGACGCAGAGAUCAUCGGCGCGGAAUCGUUGCUGAAAAAAUACAUCAUUCAAAUCUGCAAUCACGUUACGGAGAUUCUGCCAAUCGCGAGCGAGCUCGCGUCGACUAGUAGCAAAAAUUUAGUUCUCGUUACGAAAAUUCUCAAAGGAGACAUCAUAAAUAUUCUGCUCCCGGAGCUCGUUAUUUGCAUGAUAUUGCUUCAAGUUGAUAAUGCGAUGUUACUCAACGGUAUGAAUUGGCUCGAAGUUUUAGGUCCCGUUCUCGACGCCCUGGAUCAGUUUAACCGGCUCGCACCUUCCACGGAAAAAGAGGACGCGGACGAUUUGUCCUGGCCGGGGAUAAUCGCGCCUCAGCAGAGCACCAAAGUUCCUUUGAGCGAAGAGCCGACUCUGAUUCGCUGGGCGGACUUGGAGAAUCAUAAUCGCGACGGCGGCCUUUGGAUCGUCGUAAAUGGGAACGUUUACGACGUGCAGGAUGUUUGCCAAGAAGGAACUUGCACCCUCGAGAUGUUCCAUCGGUACGCGGGUCGCGAUCCCGCGACGGUGACCGCCUUGCCGAACGUCGCUCAGCAAUUGCCAGCUCAGCUGACACGUUCCAUGAUGGACUCUUGCUUCGUUGGCUACUAUUGUCAACCCGAACCCGACACCACUCAAUUUACGAUCGAAGUGAUGGACGUUUGUUCCUCUCUUCUCGAUAUGGAGAGAGCUCUCGGCUUCCUUCUCGGUCUCCACGCUCACCGGAUGCGUCAGAGUCUCGCCCUGCUUCCCGCCGAGGAAGAAGCGAGCGUAUGGCUAAACGCGAAUUUCCUAAGGGGCGGUCUCCAAGUACUUCAACCUGCGAACCCCUACGAGGAGGAGAAGGGCGAAGCUCGAAGCAACAACUCCACACCGGCGAGCUCACCGACCGAGCCCACCCUCCCAGGGCCCCGCAGCAAAGACGAACAACAACGAAACUCGGACGAUCGUGUCGCUUCCUUCAUUCACGCCCUCGCUGAAAACCACAAAACCGACACAAACGUUCACACUUUUCUCGCCAUGAUCGACAAGUACAACAAGUCCAAUUUCUUACUCUCACACGUUGAUUUUUGCAGCGACCAUCCCGUCGAAGAAAUUGGACGUCUCCUCAUGGCCGUCACCAUAAAACAUCUCGCCCUGGGUUAUCAGACCCUGGAAAUGGUCGAACAGGAACUCGCCACCGGGGACGGUAAGCUGUCGAAGGCUUUGAUCGACAUGGUCCGAACCAUUCAUCAGACUAAGUGGAAUCUCAUAAGAACGCGACAGCAACAGAAUCGCAGCUACAAAGAAGUCUGCGCUCCUGCCCAGGAGAAGUGUCGUUUCCUGCUCUACGAAGUGAGGCCCUCGACGAGCUACGAGGUCAAAGCUUAUCAGGAGCUCAAAAUUUUGCACACCCUUCCGAGAUUCCGACGCGCCGUUAACACCGUCAUGGCUGAUAUUAAAAGGAACAAGGAGUCACCGAGUAAGAUGGAGGAUAUCGUCAACGCCUCGAUACAAAACGCCAAAUCUCGAGGUAAAACCGAAGAGGGCUCUUUACCGACGACCAAAGAUUCAACUCCAACCGGAGGAAUCCCCGCGUCCCAGAAGCUCGAGGAUGUUCUCAGUACUACCAACGUUAUAAUGCAGUUGCACGAGAGAGUUAAAACGAAGCCGUUGAUCAUCGACCCGCAGGAGCUCAUGACGAACUUGAUCAAUUUCGUCGUCUCCGAGGACGGCGGGGACGUGGAAACUCUUCGGAGAGCCAUGUACUGUCAGAUUCAACGCGUAAAACUCCGCGAGCGUGGCAUUUUCAUGAUAAAAGAAUUACUGAAAAAAGAUUUUCUCAUAACGUCAAUAAAAUACUCGCUGCUCAACGGCUGGUUGGGUUUGACCCACGAGAAUGCGAACGACCUCGCAUCGGGAAUAACUCAUCCGUUGAGCAACAUUCAGAUGGUGACGCCUUACCAGAAGGUAAAGAUUCAAUUGGCCGAAGCGGAGAUCGCUUCCUGGGCGAUCAGGGCUUUGAGAGCCUACGUUAUCCAAGCAGAGCUCCCGAGUAAGGCGAAGGUCAGCGGGAAGAGCAGUUUGAAUCAGGGAACGUACACGUGGUUGAGAAAAUUGCCCAGGGCGAGAUUCCUCCUGACGAUAUUGGGGAUGCUGACGAACCACCAUCACGCGAACGAAAUCGGGCUGAUCGUCAACUCAGGAUUGCUCUCGAGCAUAUUGACUCUUCUGCGACAAAUCGGGCCCUCGAUAAAGGGAGAAAGCCCGAGGCAGAAAGACGCAACGGCGAUUUACGAGGACGCCAUUCAGAAGAGCAAGUCACCAGCGGUCCAGUUGACCGGAUUGGAACUCGCGUCGCUCAUGAAAACCGGGACCAGAGUCGUGCGCGGAGUCGACUGGAAGUGGGGCGACCAGGACGGUCCACCUCCCGGGGAAGGACGCGUCAUCGGGGAACUCGGCGAGGAUGGUUGGAUCAGAGUUCAGUGGGACAACGGCACGACGAAUUCCUAUCGCAUGGGCAAGGAGGGAAAGUACGAUUUGAAGCUGGCCGAGCUACCGGCCCCUCAGGAAAGCGAUUCCGACGAGGAUUCCCCGGUCGAUACGAACAAAACGGUCGUCGAUCCUUCCCGGGAAAUUCAUCCGACGACCUACCUCAAGAAAGCUUCGACUUCCUUGCUGCGAAUAAUUUUAUUAUCCUGCGGCUCGAACGCCGACAACAUUGAACCCUCGGCGAUAACGAUAAUCGCCUCGGUUCUGCGUGGAAUCAUGUCCGCCGUCAACAAAACCGACACGAGCAUGUCGAGCCAACUGGCUCGCGAGCACCACGAGACUUGGGCGACUCUCGGAUUCCUCAAGUCAAUCGCAACCUCUCAGUCCCUGUGUCGGGCCCUCAGCACCCAAGCCUGGGUCGAUUUCCUCCUGAGUUUGAUAGCCGAAGAAAACGAUCCUAAUCUGUGCAAACAAAUAAUGGCUGUGAGGUUGCUCUCGGCCGUUCUCUCCUCCUGGACCUCCGACAAUCCGGAUAUGACCCCCUUCCUGGAAAAAGCUUUUCAGCUUCUCGGUCAAAUUGCACUGAUGUGCGAAGCCGGUGGAAACUCGGAACUUCACGCCAACAAAUGCAGAGUGUCUUUGACCGCUUCCCACAGCUCGACCCUGGCGGAGGAGUUGAUCGCGCUUAUAAGAUCGUUGCAUUUACUGCCCGGAUGGAAUGGGACGAUAAACUCGUUUCUCACCGGCAAACUGUCCUUGGCUUCGGAUCUGCUGAGCGACGGGCCGCUCUUCCACAUACAAAUGAACGAAAACGGUGGAGAGCACAGUCUCCUGAUCCAACAGACAGCCAUGGCCGCUCUCAUCGUCAUCGGAGGCUUGGACGAUCGUCCUCGGAUCGGAGGAUUGGUAGAGAUCGACAACGAGAUCGGUACCAUUUGUAGAUUCACUCCACACUCGAAAUUGAUCGUUCAGAUGCACGGGGAAAGUGGUGCCCGGAAGAAAGUACCUUUCACAGCGAUCAAAACGAUCAAUGAGAAGUUCCAUCUCGAUCGAAUGACGAUGAGCGACGCGCUCCUGUCCGCUUGGGCUAAUUUGUUGCUCGGACAUUGCAGGCUCGAUCGGCGACCCGGUGGCAUGCCAGUCAUCGCCGGGGUCGUGAAUUCUUCGGUUUUGCGUACCCAGCAGGAACAGCUGGCAGCGUUGAACGCCGGCAAAGCCCUCCUCGGCCACCAGAACAAACUCCGGCAAGUGCUCAAGUGUCCAACGACCUCGGAAGCUGACGAGGAGCAUUGCAGCACCCUCUUGCAGGAGAUGUUGAUGAGAGCUACGAAGCCGCAACCCCUGAAGCCGAUAUUCAAGAGGAAAGAACUCGAGGAGGCGGCCCUCGCGGUGUCGCAGUACCUGGCUUCGGAGUUGAGGCACACGCCGAUUCACCGGGCAGGAGUGGCCUCGGAGGGAGCCUCGCCAACGUCAGACUGUUCUCUGGUGUCUCUGACCUCGAGUCAAAAGCGGCACUGCAAGAGCAGCUCCAGCAGAAAAACUGCAGCAAGCUCGCCGGCCAGUCCCCUCGUGACUCUCCUAACGGAAAUGGGCUUCCGUCGAAAAAUCGUUGAACUCGCGAUCCGGAGUUUGAGCGUCGCCGAGAGUAACAUCACAGCCGAGAACGUAGUUGCUUGGCUGCUCGAGAAAGCGAACACGGGAGUUUACGGGUUGGAAAGUGACAUCCUCUCCAGUUCCGACAGCGUCUCGGACUCGGAUGACUCGAGCAGCGAGGACGUCGACGACAGUCCUUCGACCCACGAAGCCAGCGCCGUAGCUCAACCGACGUACAUGAAAAGAUCGGAUUUUCUCUUCCCCGACGAGUACGCGAUUUACGUACGGGACAACGUGGUCGCCGGGAUGCUGGUGCGCUGCUGCAAGAGCUACGAGGAAGUCGAGUACGGUGACAUAGGCCAGGUGGUGAGGAUCGACCUGGAAGGCCUGCACGAUUUGAACGUCCACGUCGCCUGGCAGCACAAGGACGGAACUUAUUGGGUGCGAUUCAUCCACAUCGAGCUGCUCGGUCAUCCCCCCGCACUUCCGGGCCCGCCGGCCCUCAAGGUCGGGGACAAAGUUCGAGUCAAGUCGUCGGUCGCUAUUCCCAAGUACAAGUGGGGCUCGGUGAAUCACACGAGCGUCGGUGUCGUCACGGGCAUAAUAAACAACGGUAAAGACGUUUCGGUUGAUUUUCCUCAACAGAGCAGCUGGACCGGCUGCGCAGCCGAAAUGGAACGCGUUCCUUCUUGUCAUCACGCAGUUUCCUGCAACUCUUGCCACCUCUCGCCCAUCUCCGGGCCGAGAUUCAAAUGCAAACCUUGCGAAAAUUAUAAUUUGUGUGAAAAUUGUUUUUACACUAAACGGUCGCACAGGCACGGCUUCAACCGCAUCGCCGAGCCCGGAUCCGCUGCCGUGUACGCCGGCAAACCCGGCAGGUAUCAUCGACAGGAUCUCACGGAGUCAUCGCUCAUCGACGAUUGGUCCAAGUGCAUAAGGACGCUGAGCGUAUCCUCCAGGGAAAACUGGGCCACGAGGCUCGUCGAUGGCUCGGGUAAGUACUGGCAGAGCUGCGGCUACCAGGGCAAGCACUGGAUUCGUCUGGAAAUGUUGCCCAGCAUCCUGGUCCAUUCGCUCAAGAUCGUCGUCAACCCCCAGGACAGCAGUUACAUGCCGUCCCUGGUCGCGGUCAGCGCCGGCGAUUCCUUCAGCAGCCUCCUCGAGUUGUCGACGAUCACGGUGAGGAAUACCGACGAAACGGUAACGUUGCUUCAAGACAUCAAGGAGUAUUAUCCCUGCAUCGAAAUCGCGAUAAAGCAGUGCAGAAACGGGGGCAUCGAUUGUAAAAUUCACGCGUUGCAGAUCGUCGGAAGAAAAAAAUUGUUCGAGAAUCAACUAGCCACGUCGGUCUCGUUCCUCGCUUCGGACUGGGAAGUCGUUCAGGAACAAAUGACGACCCAGAGAGCGGGAGACGCUCAUCAGAGCUCCGCGAUUUACGUGUGGGGCCUGAACGACAAGGACCAGCUGGGAGGCCUCAAGGGCUCCAAGAUCAAGCUGCCCGUUUACAGCGAAGUGCUUUCCAAGCUGAAGCCUGUUCACAUUGCCGGGGGCAGUAAAACUCUGUUCAUCGUGACGCAGGAAGGCAAAUUGUACGCUUGCGGCGAGGGGACCAAUGGCAGAUUGGGUCUCGGGGACAACAACAACGUCUACGAGCCAAAACCGAUUCCCUUCCUCAGUCAAUACGUCAUAAAAAAAGUAGCCGUGCAUUCCGGCGGUACCCACGCUCUGGCCUUGACUCAAGACAGCAAGGUCUUCUCGUGGGGCGAGGGUGAAGAUGGGAAACUGGGUCACGGGAAUUCUCUGUCCCUGGACAAACCUCGCCUCAUAGAAGCCUUGAAGUCGAAAAGGAUUCGCGACAUUGCCUGCGGCUCGGGGCACUCCGCGGCGAUCGCGAGCAACGGGGAACUUUACACCUGGGGAUUGGGGGAGUACGGUCGUCUCGGACACGGCGAUACGGUUACGCAGAUGAAACCAAAGUUGGUGAAAGCUCUCGUCGGACAAAGAGUCGUUCAGGUCGCCUGCGGCAGCAAGGACGCUCAGACUCUCGCCCUCACCGAAGAAGGCUACGUCUACUCCUGGGGCGAUGGUGACUUCGGCAAGUUGGGACGAGGCGGGAGCGGCGGAUGUUACACUCCCCUGCUCAUAGAUCGCCUCCUGGGCCUGGGCGUCGUCCAGGUCGAAUGCGGAGCUCAGUUCUCGCUGGCUCUGACCAAAUACGGGGAAGUUUGGACCUGGGGAAAGGGGGACUAUUUCCGGUUGGGUCAUGGGAACGAUCAGCACGUGAGAAAGCCGACUUUGGUCGAAGCGCUUCGAGGAAAAAAAAUCAUUCACGUCGCGGUCGGUGCCCUUCACUGUUUGGCGGUCACGGACACCGGCCAGGUCUACGCCUGGGGGGACAACGACCACGGACAACAGGGAAACGGCACCACGAUCGUCAACCGCAAACCUUCCCUGGUUCACGGAUUAGAAGACGCCAAAGUGAACCGCGUCGCUUGCGGCUCCAGUCACAGCGUCGCCUGGGUCCUCACCGAUCAUCAAACAGCCAGCAAUCAAGAACCAGUCGCUUUUGCAACCGCCAAAGAUCCCCUGGGUCAAGCUCUGCUCGUGACGACUGCGACGCAGGAAAACAACGUGGUAAGUUCGACGAAAAACGCCAGGCCUUCCCUGUCGAACAUCAUCCUGUCGCUGGAGAGCAACGUCGCCAAACAACAAGCUCUCCAGCACGUUCUCAACGCCCUGCACAUAAUGCAGGCACGAAGCGCGGUCGUUACCGCCCUCCGUAGCCACACCGACGUCGUUACCAGCACCGAGAAAUCCUGCCCCCCGGAUACACCGUCCGAGGCGACGACGAGCGUCGUCAGCGUCGGUCUUGCCGUCUACCAAAACGUCGGAGAAAUCGCACAAGGCGGUGGCGAGGCUCCUGCCAACGUCACCGAAGUUUCCAAUCUCCAAUCGAGCCCCCGGGCUACUCCGGCCCCCGAGGAUUAUUCCAACAAUAUUUUCCCAUCGAUGUCAAGCUCCGCGAGCCUGUCCUCGAGAGCUUCCAAAAUGUCGACGAGCGCGAUGAGCGUCAUCGCCGCUACUCUCACCUCCAAUGCUCAAGUCGUCGGCGAAGCCGGCUCCACCGAGCCAGGUCUGGACGAAUUCACGUCCAGCCUCAGCGAGGACGACGCUCGCAUGCUCGUCGAUCUUCUAAAACUCGCUGUUGCCAACAGAGUCUGUCAUUCGGCAAAAGAAAUCAUUUCCAGCGUACUCAUAGCUCUCGGUAAAACAAAAUCGUCCAUUAGGAACAUGCUGCUGGAACUUUGCGUCACAGAACUGGAGGACACUGCCGUUAAUUCGAAUUGUUUGAACAACGCGCCACAACCCGUUGUCCAGGAGAGCCCGCAUCCUUACAUCGACGAUACGACGUUGACGGGACACGUGAAAAUUCCGGGCGCCGAAGCCCUCAGGGUCGAGUUCGACCGGCAAUGCUCAACGGAGAAAAAACACGAUCCCUUGACGAUCAUGGACGGAGCUGGACACGUGGUUUCCAUAAGAUCUGGAAUGGAAUGGAGCGAGUGGGCGGUCGAAAUUAGGAUCCAAGGGGACGAAUUGCGUUGGAGGUUCUCUUCGGACGGCUCGGUCAACGGAUGGGGAUGGCGUUUCACCGUCCAUCCGAUCCUGGCGAUUCUGGCGCCCCACGAGCUCGGCUCGGAUCGCGCUGUUCUCUCUCAGCCUGCGAUCGCCCUUGCCGAGUGCCUCCUGGACAACAGUCUCAUCAGUUCGGAGCGCAGUAUCGUUGGCAGACUCGCAGCUGCUCUGGCGCAAUGCAGUCAAUUGAGCAUCCUUUCGGCACAGCAGAGAAUGUGGGCGUUGAAGAAAUUGCAAAUGGUCUACGUCAACGGCCCCGGUAUCCGACCGGACGCCGCGCCGUUAACUUCCCUCCUGGGCUCUCUGCCGCAAGCUCUUUUGCGACAAUACGAGUACGAGGAUCCCGCGGUUCGCGGUGGAAAGCAAUUGAUGCACAGCGACUUCUUCAAGGUGCUCGUUGCUCUCGCCUGUGACCUCGAACUCGACAGCAUGCCAUGCUGCAUGGAAAUCCACAAAUGGUCCUGGUUCCGAAGAUACUGCCUCGCUGCGCGCGUCGCCAAAUCACUCGUCAAUCGCACACCCCUGCCCAAAAACUUCUGCCUCGAUGUGACCAAACGAAUCAACGAAAUGAUCACCGAGGACGACGGCGGCACCAGGGAUCACGAGAAUCAUGAACUCUUCAAAAAAGAACACGACGAACAACUACUGUUGUGGCUCAACAGGAGACCCGAGGAUUGGACACUCUCCUGGGACAGCUCCGGCGCUAUUUAUGGAUGGGGACAUAAUCAUCGAGGACAACUCGGAGGCCUCGAAGGAGCCAAAGUGAAAUUACCCUCUCCUUGCGAAAGUCUUUCCGCCUUGAGACCCGUUCAACUUGCUGGUGGUGAACAAACACUUUUUGCCGUCACUGCUGACGGCAAAGUCUACUCGACUGGGUACGGAGCCGUGGGCAGACUCGGCAUUGGAGGCACGGACUCUGUUCUCGUGCCCACUCUUCUCGAAUCCAUCCAGCACGUCUUCAUUAAAAAAAUAGCAGUCAAUUCCGGUGGAAAACAUUGUCUUGCCCUCAGCUCUGAAGGACACGUUUAUUCGUGGGGCGAAGGUGACGAUGGAAAACUCGGUCACGGUAACAAAUUGUCUUUCGACCGGCCGAAACUCAUCGAAGCUCUCCUCGGCACGGAAAUCAUCGACAUUGCUUGCGGUGGUCAUCACAGUGCAGCUAUCAACAGUGCUGGAUUGUUGUACACUUGGGGAAAAGGACGAUACGGUCGUCUAGGACACGGAGACAGCGAGGACCAAUUAAAGCCGAAAGUCGUUGGUGCCCUUCAGGGUUACAAAGCCGUAGACGUAGCAUGCGGAAGCGGCGAUGCACAGACACUGUGCGUGACCGAUGAUGACAACGUUUGGAGUUGGGGCGACGGUGAUUACGGUAAACUCGGCCGAGGAGGAAGUGACGGUUGCAAAUGUCCUAUGAAAAUCGAAUCUCUCGCUGGAUUAGGCGUCGUCAAGGUCGAAUGUGGAAGUCAAUUUUCAGUCGCGCUCACAAGAUCCGGAGCUGUUUAUACUUGGGGAAAAGGAGAUUAUCAUCGACUGGGCCACGGAACGGACGAUCACGUGCGAAGACCCCGAAAAGUGGCAGCUCUUCAGGGAAAGAAAAUAAUUUCAAUAGCGACGGGUUCUCUGCACUGCGUUGCGUGUUCGGACAAGGGCGAAGUUUUUACCUGGGGAGAUAACGACGAGGGUCAGUUGGGGGAUGGGACAACGGGGGCUCUUCAACGUCCACGGCUCGUUCACGCGCUCCAAGGGAAAAAAAUAACUCGUGUCGCAUGCGGAAGUGCUCAUACUUUGGCUUGGAGUACGACAAAGGCGACACAGAGCAGAUUGCCGGCGACUACGCCCAUGGAAUACGAUCUCGUUAAAGACCUGCCAUUCGCUGCCCUGCACAACCGUCUUGUUUUGCUUCAUCAUUUCGCCGAACUUCUAUGCCCCUCUCUCGUCAUGUUUCCUACCUCAGGACCCAUGGGCCUUAACAAAUUAGCCCCCAUGCUCGUCUACAGCAUAAAAGAAGCCACUUUCCGAAAAGUCGUUCAAGCCACCAUGGUUCGCGACAGACAGCAUGGCCCCGUCAUCGAACUUAAUAGGAUACAAGUCAAAAGAGCACGGAGCAAAGGGGGCCUCGCCGGACCCGAUGGCAUCAAAUCCGUGUUCGGACAAAUGGUCGCCAAAAUGUGUCUACUAACCCAAGACGUUUUAUUCCUGCCACAUCGAGUCUGGAAAGUCAAAUUUGUUGGUGAGAGCGUGGACGAUUGCGGCGGUGGUUACAGCGAGAGCAUAGCGGAAAUGUGCGACGAAUUACAAAAUGGUUCACUCCCAUUAUUCAUACCAACGCCAAACGGUCGUGACGACAAUGGAACGAACCGAGAUUGUUUUCUUCUCAAUCCAAUGGCUAAUUCCGAUCUUCACACGACCAUGUUUCAAUUUCUCGGUAUAUUGAUGGGUAUCGCAAUAAGAACUGGAAGUCCUCUGAGUUUGAAUCUCGCUGAGCCCGUGUGGAAACAAUUGGCCGGAAUAGCACUAACGCCUGCCGAUCUUACCGAAGUCGAUCGCAAUUACGUGCCCGGUUUGCUCUGCAUCCGCGACAUGAAUCCGGACGAAAAAGUUUUUCAAACACUCGAAAUGCCCUUUUCAACGCCUUCGGCAGUCGGACACGAUGUUCCUUUGUCCAAUAGGUACCGAAAAAUCACCCCAGAGAAUAGACACGAAUACGUGCGUUUAGCACUGAAUUAUCGUCUCCACGAAUUUGACUCGCAAAUAGAAGCAGUUCGGGAAGGAUUGUCGAGGGUCGUGCCAGUACCGCUUCUCGCUUUGUUCAGCGGUGCUGAGCUCGAGACAAUGGUAUGCGGAAGUCCAAAUAUUUCGCUAGUUUUGCUUAAAGGCGUCGCGACUUACAAGGGCAUAGAAGUGACAGCUCCACUCGUCCAAUGGUUCUGGGAAGUCAUGGAGGAAUUUUCCAAUCAAGAAAGAUCGCUAUUUUUACGAUUUGUUUGGGGAAGAACUCGAUUGCCGCGAACAAUUGCUGAUUUUCGAGGCAGAGAUUUCGUGCUGCAGGUGAUGGAUAAAUACAACCCACCUGAUGACUUUUUACCAGAAAGCUACACGUGCUUCUUCCUCUUGAAAAUGCCGAGAUACUCGUGCAAAUCAGUGCUUAGACAAAAGUUGAAAUACGCUAUACACUUUUGCAAGAGCAUCGACACGGACGAAUACGCCAGAGUGCAAGCAGCGACCAAUUCUGACACCGACGACUCGGACAGCCUGGCCAGUGAAGAGCACACCUCGCUAUAGCUCCGUGAAAGAGAAGAAUAAGAAAAAAACACGAAGAAAAUAUACUGGAUAAACACGAAAAAAUAUGAGAAGACAAAAAAACAACAAACAAAUAACCGAGGCCACAAGCACCGCUUCAAUUGUAAUUGCCGGCCGACGUUUACUUUGCAAAGAAAUUAUUUUUCCUAAUCAGUAUUUCAGAUAUUAUUCGCACGUGAUAAUUUUAAGAAACAGGCUUUAAGCUAAAACAAAAUGAGAGAAUGGAAGGAAACGAAAAUCAGAGAGAAAACCGAGGGACUCGAAUCGCGUCCCCAUGGAGAAACGAGACUGUCAGGCUUCGAAAUAAUCAAUGACUUUAAGAGGAUUGCAAAGAAAAAAGUGAAAUGUCGAUCAAUUCGAAUUUUAAUGUUAACGAAACAAAGAGAAAUUGAAGGAGUGAAAAAGCUUGAGAAGAUCGCAAUAACAUAAUCGUCUACUCUAUUCUAGUGGUAUAUGACGCCUCGUUUUAAUAAUCAUUAUGAAUUAUCGUAUAAUCAAAGCUCGGUAAAAUUUACUUCAUUUUUCUUUAAAUUAUUUAUGUUUAUUAUUUUUCUCCCCGAACACCGAGUGCGAGUGAUGAUGUCACGAGAAAUAGUCAAUGGGUCAAAGAAGAUCCGAUUUCGAGUGAAACAAUGUAUGGAUGCGAAUCGACGACGAAAGAGAGGGAAAAGAGAGCGAGGGGUAUGAAAAUCCUACAAUUUGAAAGUAUGAGUUUUUACGUAUGGCUGAUAUAUUUAAAAAAAAUAAUAAUAAAAAUCAAUACUAAUUUGUUAUUAUUAUAUUUGAAAAGUAAUCGGUUAAAGGCACUCGUUUGAGUGUUAGUUAGACAUCGUUGAAUUGAAUUGUCGCUCAUUGUAAAGUUCAUGAUGUUUUAUCCAUUUUCAUUAUUAUUUACGAAUCAUUGAAUUUUCUAAAUAGCCUUAUAUGAUUCCAGUGAUUCAGUGAUAGUAAAAAGAUGACACGAACAAACUCACACACACACAGACACACGAGAAAAAAAGAAACGAAAAUAAAUCUAUAUUAUACCAUU